AUGAAUAAUAUCUCCGAUAAUUGUCUUGCUUCUUCCUUUUCCCGUGUUCUAGGUGUUGGCGGUGUUGGUAGUAAAAUGGAAAACUGAUUUGAUAAUUCGAUCGAUAGCUGUUGCCAGUGGCAACAGCUAUCGAUCGGAUACAGCUGGAAAAGGAACUAGUGAUACGCACGGCCAUCAUUGAACCCAAUAGCGUCUUGAUACAGGAGUACAGGUCAUCAGUAACACCACUGCCGCAGGUAUUACGUAGUUUGACUGACAUCUCGUUCGAAUAG